AUGACAGUAAGAACCGAAAGACCAAAAGUAAUUGUCCUGGCUGGAACAGCAGGCACCGGGAAAUCAACCAUCGCUGCCAAGUUGGUUGACCUCUAUUGUUCGUCUUAUCCAGGCUUAGAAUUCUUGGAAGGCGAUGUGGUUCACCCUCCUGAAAAUGUAGCUAAAAUGAGCCAUGGUAUUCCAUUGACCGAUGAUGAUAGAUGGGAUUGGUUGUCUAAAGUUGGCAAAUUGGGUACAGAUUCGGCGGAAGCACGCUCUGGCUUGUGUAUUGUGACAUGCUCGAGUCUCAAGAAAAAAUACCGCGACCACAUUCGUAAUUGCAAUUCAGGUACGGACUUCUAUUUCUUGUUCCUAUUUGCCGACAGGAUGCUGAUUUUAGAUCGGAUUACCAAACGUGAGGGCCACUUUAUGAAGGCGAACAUGAUCAAUUCGCAAUUCAGCGACCUAGAGCUUCCUGACGCUAGCGAAAAACUGGAGUCUACCAUCGAUGUGGAUGGCAAAUCGAUUGAACAAGUCGUACAAGAGUGCCACAAAGACCUGAGGGCAUUCGUAGCCAACUGA